UUUUCAUUUAGAUCUGGUCACUCUUGGGUUAAAGUUUAGCAGGUUCCUCAAAAUACUCAACCUUUUUCUGUGUAAGAAUUACUACGAUUGUAGUAAUUCAAGACUCAAAUCCCCUUGUUAGAUGUGUAAUAAUGCAAUCCCUUUAACAGAAGAGAUCUUUUCAAGAACGAAAGACUACAAUCCAUACGAACUGCGAAUGCCCAGGAGUCCAUUAUGAAUGUAUCGGGAGCUGAGAGGGAAGAUUCCGGAAGAAGUACUUUUGUAUUAGCCGAUUCCAGGACUCCAACAGAAGACGACGUGCUGAAUAUAUACCAGGAUGUAUCCAAAUUGGCGGAUAUUGAGAGGCAUCUGAAUAUGUUGUAUCGCAGACCUUUUACUUGCUUUUCGAGCACAAAAGCCCAGUACAACUUGAUGGAACUGGAGGUCCUUCUAGGCAACGCCAAGUACGAUCCGGACAGACACCUGGCUUUGUUCGUGAACCGCUUCCACCCAGUGUGCAGCCUAAAGAUAUACGCUAACGGGAACAUCUACUGCCAGGCCUUUAGCAGGGAGAGUGCGCGCAGAGGCCUCGUCAACAUGGUGCAACUCCUGCAGGACACGGGCUACAGCCCAUCCCUACCCCACAUAAAGUUCAACGUGGUUAACGCUACCUUCUGUGUGCCAUUCCAUCUGGAUCUGCGUCGCCUCCAUCAGUGCCAUUUUGCCCACAGCCAGUAUAGUCCAACGAAGCAGCCGUUUGUGACUUACAGACUUCCGGACACCCUGAUCAAGUUUGCCAUUUUUCCCUCAGGCUACGUCUAUGUGAUGUUCGCCUCCCUGCCACGAUACACCAAGCUGGCCAUCGGCCACAUCCUGCCUAUCCUGUAUCUCUAUAAAGCUUCACCAGUCGAUCAAGGGGCCCUCGGACUUUGCCGCGGAGACAUCAACUUUCAGGUGCUCUGGGAGAAGGAGUUUCAGAGGGAAGACGACUUCUCAAUCGAAUGGUGAACAGAGUGAAUAAUGACCCCCUUCUGGUUCUACCGAUGUUUAGUUUGUAAAUAAACUUUAAUUUCCCGCAGGCCUUCCGAGAAACUUUGCACAGUCACAUGCAUAUGAGCUUAAAUAGCUCAUGAAUGUCGGAGCCCCGCCCAAUGCCACGUACUUAAGAGAAGUUUUAAUGCCUGGUUAAAGUCUUUUAAGGCUCUCCGAAAAAGUUUACUUAAAACUGAGCAGGUUUUCACAAGUUGUUGGCUAUAUGGCGGUUCCAACAAGGUCUACCAAUUUGGGAGGAGUGGAAAAUCAGUCGCAAAUUUACAAUACAGAUUUACAAUGCCAGUUCGUUCGGAA